CCUAGUUCUGGUCAGCUGAUGCCCGCGACGCAGAGGAUUCAGACACCGCAGGACUCCGUUUUCAUCCGUUUCAACUAAGUGUUUCUCCCCUUAGUGCAUUGGGUUAAGAGCAGUGCAUUAUGGGGGAGCUGUUCCGCAGCGAGGAGAUGACCCUGGCCCAGCUCUUCCUCCAGUCGGAGUCUGCAUACUGCUGUGUCAGUGAGCUGGGGGAGAUCGGCAUGGUGCAGUUCAGAGAUUUGAACCCAGAUGUGAACGCAUUCCAGAGGAAGUUUGUGAAUGAGGUCCGUCGCUGUGAGGAGAUGGACCGCAAACUGAGAUUCGUUGAGAAGGAAAUCAAAAAGGCGAACAUACCUAUUGUAGAUACAGGGGAGAAUCCAGAGGUCCCUUUUCCACGAGACAUGAUUGACUUGGAGGCCACAUUUGAAAAACUGGAGAACGAGCUGAAGGAGAUUAACACCAACCAGGAAGCCCUGAAGAAGAAUUUUCUUGAGUUGACUGAGCUCAAGCACAUCCUCAGACGAACGCAGCAGUUCUUUGAUGAGAUGGAAGAUCCUUCGCUUUUGGAAGAGUCAUCAACUCUACUGGACCCCAAUGAGGUUGGACGGGCUGCUCCUCUCAGGCUUGGGUUUGUUGCAGGGGUGAUAGGCAGAGAAAGAAUCCCCACUUUUGAGAGGAUGCUGUGGAGAGUUUGCAGAGGAAAUGUGUUCCUGCGUCAAGCAGACAUUGAAGACCCACUCGAGGAUCCCGCUACAGGAGACAAUGUGCACAAGUCAGUGUUCAUCAUUUUCUUCCAGGGAGACCAGCUGAAGAACAGAGUCAAGAAGAUUUGUGAAGGGUUUCGGGCAUCUCUAUACCCCUGUCCCGAGACCCCUCAAGAAAGGAAAGAAAUGGCAGCCGGAGUUAACACUCGAAUUGAUGAUCUUCAGAUGGUGCUGAACCAGACGGAGGAUCACAGGCAGCGUGUUUUGCAGGCAGCUGCCAAAACUGUCCGAGUGUGGUUCAUCAAGGUCCGCAAGAUGAAAGCCAUUUAUCACACACUAAACCUCUGUAACAUCGAUGUCACCCAGAAGUGUCUGAUCGCUGAGAUCUGGUGCCCUGUGUCCGAUCUAGACUCCAUUCAGUUUGCACUCCGUCGUGGCACGGAGAGAAGUGGAUCCACCGUUCCCUCCAUCCUGAACAGAAUGCAGACCAAACAGACGCCCCCCACCUACAACAAAACCAACAAGUUCACCUCUGGCUUUCAGAGUAUCGUUGAUGCUUAUGGAAUCGGCAACUACAGAGAAAUGAACCCAGCUCCAUACACCAUCAUCACCUUCCCCUUCCUGUUUGCGGUCAUGUUUGGUGAUCUGGGUCACGGCACGCUCAUGACCUGUGCUGCACUUUAUCUGGUACUGCGAGAGAGCCGAUUAAUUGCCCAGAAAAAUGACAGCGAGAUGUUUAGCAUGGUGUUCGCAGGUCGUUACAUUAUCCUCCUGAUGGGACUGUUUUCGAUGUAUACUGGGAUUAUCUACAACGACUGCUUCUCCAAAUCUCUCAAUGUCUUCGGCUCGGGAUGGAGCGUCAGACCUAUGUUUGGUGAUAAAGGAGACAACUGGACAUUCGCGGUUCUGGAGAAAAGCAGUGUGUUACAGCUGAACCCUGCUGUUCCGAAUGUGUUUAAUGGGCCCUAUCCAGUCGGCAUUGACCCAAUCUGGAACAUUGCCACCAACAAGCUGACAUUUCUGAACUCCUUCAAGAUGAAGAUGUCAAUAAUCCUGGGAGUUAUACACAUGAUAUUUGGAGUUUCUCUCAGUCUUUUCAAUCACUUGUACUUUCAUAAACCUCUGAACAUCUACCUGGGAUUUAUUCCUGAGAUCGUCUUCAUGGUCACCCUGUUUGGCUACCUGGUGCUGCUCAUUUUUUACAAAUGGAUAGCGUAUGAUGCUAAAAGCUCAAGAGUAGCCCCGAGUCUUCUUAUAACCUUCAUCAACAUGUGCCUCUUCAGCUACAACGAUCCCACCAACAAACCGUUUUAUACAGGACAGGUGGUGAUUCAGUGUUUGCUAGUUAUUAUAGCUCUAUGCUGUGUACCCUGUAUGCUCAUUGUAAAGACCCUAGUUAUGCGCAGACAACACCUAUGGAGAAGACACCUGGGGACGCAGAACUUUGGGGGAAUCCACGUGGGUAACGGCCCAACGGAGGAUGAAGCUGAGAUAAUCCAGCAUGACCAGCUUUCCCAAAACACAGAAGAGGAGCCCGAGCCGUCAGAGGAGGAAGUGUUUAAUUUUGCAGAUGAAGCGGUGCAUCAAGCCAUUCACACUAUAGAAUACUGCUUGGGCUGCAUCUCAAACACUGCAUCUUAUCUACGGCUCUGGGCGUUGAGUCUGGCUCAUGCUCAGCUCUCUGAGGUGCUGUGGUCAAUGGUGAUGCACAUGGGUCUCUCUUCAAGGAGUUUUGGAGGAUUCAUUUUCCUGUCCAUUAUCUUUUGCUUCUUUGCUGUACUGACAGUGUUUAUUCUGUUGGUCAUGGAAGGUCUCUCUGCCUUCCUUCAUGCUCUUAGAUUGCACUGGGUGGAGUUCCAGAAUAAAUUCUACACUGGACAGGGCUUCAAGUUCAUGCCUUUUACUUUUGACAGCAUUCUGGAUGGCAAGUCUGAAGAAUAAACCUCACCCACACUCUAUCUCUGUCUCUCUCCCUUCCCAUCCAACACCUCCAAACUACAGGAGCCAAUCAGUUUAGAGUGAGCUUUUAUGAUUUAUGUGAGCACUUUGACAUGCAUGGCUCUAAAUUUCUCAGGCGUUCUACUUCAGGACAUAAAUGGAAUAACUUACAUGCAAGUAAAUUACAUGCAAGUAAUAAAAAACUAAUCUGAGCAUAACACAUGGAAUAACUCCUGCCUUGAUAUAAUAUAAUACAAACUCAAUAGUAUGAACAUCAUGCUUUUUUCCUUCAUAAAAGCCUAUGAAUUUGUAUAUACUCUUCAAUAGAAGCAAAUUAUCAUUACAGUUUCCUUCUCAUAAUAGUGGCAAUUUUGUCUAUUUUUGUCCAGUCUCUUAAAUUAUUAGUGUUUGUUUUUUUUAUGUAUCUUUUAUUCUUCAUGUUGAACACAAUUACAUUAAUAGUUCUCAUGCAAAGGGACCUCAUUUCAAAUGUCACAACAACAACAACAAAGAGCUUCACUUUAUGCCAUUUUACAAACUUUUGUCAUGCAUAUCUGAAUCAUAGAUGCAGAUAUCCAGAUUCAUUGCAGAUCUUCAUUCCUUCGCAGUCAUGGGUGUAAAAUGUAGUCCUAUUUUAGUUAGUCUUUGUGUUUUCUUGUUUUCUCUGGACAGUUAAAAGCAUCUGAUCUUAUAAAUCUGUUUGCUGCAGUGCUGGUUUUUUUUGAUUGUUGUUUAUACAUGCAACAUACACAUGCAUUGGCUCUUGAAGAAGAUUAUGUCAGAUGUCAAAGGCAGUUCAUUAGUCUAGCGGAAAUUAACUAUACCAAGUUAACGCAGUCAGUGACGCGGAGUGAUUGUGUCUGUUUUGUGUGUCAAUAAAGAGGAAGGAGGGGAUCUAAACACA